GCCACCAAAACCCCGUCGAGCGAUGUACUCAUCUUCGACUACACGAAACACCCGUCAAAGCCGGACCCGAACGGCGAGUGCGCGCCCGACCUGCGCCUCCGCGGCCACCAGAAGGAGGGCUACGGCCUGUCGUGGAACCCGAACCUCAACGGCCACCUGUUGUCGGCCAGCGAUGACCACACCAUCUGCUUGUGGGACAUCAACAAUCCGGCGCGCGAUAAGAACAUAGUGGACGCUAAGACGAUAUUCACGGGACACACGGCGGUGGUGGAGGACGUGGCGUGGCAUCUGCUCCACGAGUCGCUGUUCGGUUCUGUGGCCGACGACCAGAAGCUGAUGAUAUGGGACACCCGUUCGACCAAUACUAACAAACCGAGUCAUAUCGUGGACGCGCACACCGCCGAAGUGAACUGCUUGUCCUUCAAUCCGUACUCUGAGUUCAUUUUGGCCACGGGUUCGGCCGACAAGACGGUCGCCCUCUGGGAUCUCCGCAAUUUGAAACUCAAACUCCACUCAUUCGAGAGCCAUAAGGACGAGAUAUUUCAAGUCCAGUGGUCGCCCCAUAACGAGACGAUACUGGCCUCGAGUGGUACCGAUCGGCGGCUACACGUGUGGGAUCUGUCGAAGAUUGGCGAAGAACAGUCGGCUGAAGACGCGGAGGACGGGCCGCCGGAACUGUUGUUCAUUCACGGCGGACACACCGCUAAGAUAUCGGACUUUUCGUGGAACCCCAACGAGCCGUGGAUUAUCUGUUCCGUG